AUGGAUGAUAAUAAAACAAAUAAACGUGGAAACGAAGUUUCAUCAAAUUUGCAGAAACAAAGGGUUCAUUUUGGAAGCAUUGAAGAAACUGAAAAACAAGCUCGAAAGAAAGCCACUUCUGAAAUUAAAGCACAAGAAACUAAUAGUGGGAUAUCUUUAGAAGAUUUGGCUGAAGAUACUACAUUUGAACAUAAUGAAUCCUCGAAAAGAGCCCGCGAGGAUCAUCAAGCCAUAUUAGAUGAGUUUGAGCGGAAAAAACGUGCUCGAACUCUUGCUGUUCCAACUGAUGAUGGCCGCGUUAGAGCCAAACUUCGAGAAUUGAAUGAACCACAAUGUUUGUUUGGAGAAGGACCAGGAGAUCGACGUGAUCGAUUACGAUAUUUAUUGUCCAAACUUGAAGGCACAGAAGUAAUGCCAGACGAAGAUGAAACGUCUGAAUCUGAAUCUGAAGAAGAGAAAGAGGAAGAAUUUUAUACUCUCGGCUCACCGGCUCUAUUGGAUGCAAGACGUUGGGUGGCACGUUAUUCUCUUCCAAGAGCAAGGGAUCGUCUCAAACGGCAACGAAUUGAAUACGACCUACCAUUGCCAAAACUAAAAUCAAUCAGAAAAGAUUUAUAUGCAGAACUGAAGUCUUACACGAAUAUUAGCUCGCAAAUUGGCGAUGAUAGACCAAUGUCACAAUGUAUAUUUUCUCCUGAUUGUCAAUUAUUAGCCACUGGAUCUUGGUCUGGUCUAUGUAAAAUAUGGCAAGUUCCAAGCUGUGAUGCCAUUGGAACAUUAAAAGGUCAUACCGACCGUAUUGGUGGAAUUGCGUGGCAUCCUCAAGCUACUAUUUCAAUAGGAAAGGAAAGUCUUAACUUAGCCUCGGGGUCAGCUGACUGUUUAAUUCAUUUGUGGUCUCUUUUAAGCGAGACACCAAUCAAAACGUUAAAAGGGCAUGUUGCAAGGGUCUCAAAAAUUGACUUUCAUCCUUCUGGCAGAUUUCUUGGAAGUGCUAGCUAUGAUACAACGUGGCGUCUAUGGGAUGUUGAAACUAGUGUAGAAUUGUUACUUCAAGAAGGUCAUGCUCGUGAAGUAUGCGCAAUUCGAUUUCAAAAUGAUGGCGCUCUUGUUGCAACAGGGGGUAGAGAUGCUAUUGGCCGCGUUUGGGAUUUACGAACUGGCAGAUCAGCUAUGGUAUUAGAAGGCCACGUGGAAGAAAUAUUUGCGACUGACUUUUCCCCUAAUGGAUAUCAAGUAGCGACUGGAAGCGCAGAUAACACAAUACGAAUUUGGGAUAUGCGUGUUCUGCGUUCAGUUUACACCAUUCCAGCACAUAAAUCACUUGUAUCCAAUGUACGAUUUUUUCAUGGCUCCCCACAACUAGUGAAGGAGGAACUGUUAAACGAGAACGGUGAAGUUACUAAACCCACGAUUUCGGGACUUUAUAUGGCAAGUAGUGGAUUCGAUGGUGUGGUUAAUAUUUGGUCGUCGGAUGAUUGGAAUUUACUCAAAACAUUGGCUGGGCAUGAUGGUAAGAUCAUGGAUGUUGAUGUGUCUUCAGACAAUAAAUUAAUAGUUUCUUGUGGCUCUGAUCGCACAUUCAAAUUG